AAUGAAGUGUAAUUAUACGAAAGUUUGGCUGUUUAUAGUAGUCCGUAGCAACGUGAAUGUAAAUAAAGGACAGACAGACAGAAUAUUAAGGGCAAGAAAAAUUAAAAGAGCUUCGUUGAAUUUUGAAAAUGGCCGAGGAAAAGGCUAAAGGUGGAAUGGAUGAUAGUGCAUUUGAAUCCCUAGAAAAGGACUUCAAAGAGGUUCUUGAACAAUUGAAAGGGGACAAAACACUUGACAAGUUUCGACAAGAAUAUGAAAAACUUCAUAAAGCCCUGAAGAAAAGCCAUGAAAGUGAGAAACGUUUGAUGCAAAAGACAAGGGAGUUGAAUGCUGAAAUCACAGCCAACUCGGCCAAAGUUGCCACAGCAUUAAAAUUGUCUCAAGAAGACCAAAACCAAAUCCAGUCAUUAAAGAAAGAAAUUGAAAAGGCAUGGAAGACCCGUGAUGCUGCAUACGAAAAAGAAACGAGGGCAAGAGAAACAAUCCAGCAACUUAAGAUGGAAAUUGCCAAUCUGAGCAAACUUGUGGAACAGGGAGCUGGAUUAACUAUGGGUCAAGAACAUAGUGUCAAUGAACUUUUGAAAAUGAAGGAAGAGUUGACCAAGGAGAGAGAUGAGCAACUGAAUGACAUCGUCAAACUACGAGAGUCCCUUGCCCAGGCAACAUCACAGGAGCAAAAACUUGAGGCCGACAAAAAGGAGUGUGAGGAAAAAAUACAGGAGCUUAACCAAGAGAUACAGGUAAAGAACAAUGAAGCUCAGCGUGAAAGCAGAAAGAAAGAUAAGAUGGAAAGAGAGCUGAAGCAGGCCAAGGCUGAUCUGGAUGCCAAGACUGGAGAGAUCAAGAAUCUGCAAGGUCGUAUAGAUAACUACAAAGGGGACAUCUCAAAACUGGAGCAGCAAAUGAAAGAACAAAAAAUUUUGAAUGAGAGAACCAUUAAAGAUGCUGACAUUUUACAUACCCGGUUUGCCAAGCUUCAGUCGGACUUUGAAGGACAACUGAUUACUACUGAUCAAUUGACUGCUGAAAACCAAGGCAGAGUUACAGAGCUUAAGCAAAAAGAAGAUGAAGUUAACGGACUCAAACAGGAGACUCAGCGACUCAACAAAAUGAGAGAGACCAUCCAGAGGAAACUCCGACAGGUAGAGGAAAAUAAGUCAGAUGUGGAACAACAGAAGGAAACUCUCAAAAGUCAGAUUAUCGGGUUAGAGAGGGAAUUGGAGGCAGCCAAGAAGCAAGCUGAAACAGAUAAGAAAACAAUUGAUGAUAGGACACGAGAACGUGACAUCCUUCAAAAGAGCAUGCUGAAGGCUGCAAGUGCCACUCAAAAACAAAUACACCUUGUCAGACUUCAUGAGCAGUCCAAGAAGAACCUGGAGCAAGAUAUUCAAAAUUACAGAGAGGAGGCUCAGAAACAGAGAAAGAUCAUCUACCAGCUGGAGAAGGAAAGAGAUCGAUACAUCAAUGAGGCCAGCGAUCUCACUCAGAGGGUUCUUUCUCAUAUGGAAGACGUGAAAGUUCGUGAGAUGCAGAUUUUCGACUACAAAAAGAAGAUUGCUGAGGCGGACACUAAGCUAAGACAGCAACAGAACUUGUAUGAGGCUGUGAGGAGUGACAGAAAUCUGUACAGCAAGAACCUCAUCGAGUCCCAGGACGAGAUCACUGAAAUGAAGAGGAAACUGAAGAUUAUGAACCACCAGAUCGAUCAACUGAAGGAGGAAAUUCAGGCCAAGGAGAAUGCUCUGCUUAAGGAGCACUUUGAACACCAGAGAGUGGAAAAGGACAAAGAGAACCUCAAGUCCGAGCUGAACCGUCUUAAACAGCAAGCUCAGGAGAGUAAGGCUUACAUUGAGGCUCAGGAAGCUGAGGAGAGGAAGCUGCUUAAGAUCAUCGCUGAGGCAGACGCUGAGCGGGUCAGACAGAAGAAGGAGCUGGACCAGGUGAUCAGUGAGAGAGACAUCUUAGGUACCCAGCUGGUGAGAAGAAACGAUGAGUUGGCUCUUCUGUAUGAGAAGAUAAAAAUACAACAGUCCACCCUAAACAAAGGAGAAAUCCAGUACAACCAGAGACUGGAGGAUAUCAGAGUGCUGAAGUUGGAGAUCAAGAAACUCCGAAGGGCAAAUGCCAUCCUUGAGAAGAGAGUUGCCAAUGUUAAGGACCUCAGACUUGAAGUCUACCACAUUCAGAGAGAAUUGCUGAGGGAGAGAACAAGAUGCAAGGCCCUAGAGGAAGAAUUGGAGAAUCCAAUGAAUAUCCACAGAUGGAGAAAACUGGAGGGUAGUGACCCAAGUACAUACGAGAUGAUUCAGAAGAUACAGACGUUACAGAAGCGUUUGAUCUCCAAGACGGAAGAGGUGGUGGAGAAGGAACUACUGAUCCAAGAAAAGGAAAAACUGUAUCUGGAACUGAAACACAUCCUGGCUCGACAACCUGGCCCAGAGGUUGCGGAGCAGCUCACCAUUUAUCAACAAACACUCAAAGAAAAGACGAAACAAAUGAAGUCUAUGGCAUCUGAAUUAAAUAUGUACGAGUCUCAAGUCAAUGAAUACAAGUAUGAAAUAGAAAGGAUAGCCCGAGAACUACAGGAAGUGAAGAAAAAAUAUUUUAUGCAGAAAAAGAAAGAACAACAAACAAAAGAACGGGAGCGGACAUUAGCGCAGGCUGGAGCCCCAGUCAUACAAGCACAGAGAACAGAUGGGCCUCGGUUUACAGGAGGAGGUUUCAACCUCAAAUCCACCAAAACAGCUGCUUAGCAGUACCAUGUACACAAUAAUGUGAUGACACCUUCCUGAAAAUUUGGACAACCGAACGUUUAAACAAUUUUAUGUUUCGACUCUAUUUGUCUUUUUUCCUUAAACAUAUUUGAUAUCCCACACUAAACAUAAUCACAACAGUGUUUAUAGAACGAUAUUAUGACAUUUAAAACACAAAAUUCAGCAUGAAACUCUGUCAGUAUUUCUGUUACUAUGUCUGUGAUAAUUGUUUUUAUUCAAAUAUUUAUACUAUUGAGAUAGUAAAAACUAAUAAAUAUGAUGAAAUUGUC